AUGCGUAUAGAACGACCGAAUUGCCAACGAGUCAAACCGUCCGAGCAUCAGCGCUGGAAUGACAAGGCGCAUGCGUCAUUGAGUCAUAUCGCGGCUGACAGCGUGCUCAGUAUGCAAAUUCUCUGGCUUGGCAAGAACUACGUUCAUAUCUAUUCCCGUCUAUUAAUACUAUCUGUGUUCGGAUCCAUCGAAAAUUUUUCGCAUAAUUUUAUCUAUCUAUCUAUCUAUCUAUCUAUCUAUCUAUCUAUCUAUCUAUCUAUCUAUCUAUUUGUUUUGUUCAAAACCAAUGUAUGUAUGUAUGUAUGUAUGUAUGUAUGUAUCUAUCUAUCUAUCUAUCUAUCUAUCUAUCUAUCUAUUUGUUUUGUUCAAAACCAAUGUAUGUAUCUAUCUAUCUAUCUAUCUAUCUAUCUAUAUAUCUAUCUAUCUAUUUCAAUCUAUCUAUCUAUCUAUCUAUCUAUCUAUUUUGGUCCUAUCUAUCUAUCUAUCCCAUAUGUGUUCUAUCUAUCUAUCCCAUAUGUGUUCUUUCUUUCUUUCUAUCUAUCUAUCUAUCUAUCUAUCUAUCUAUCUAUCUAUCUAUCUAUUUUUGAAAAUUCAAAAUCUAUCUAUCUAUCUAUCUAUUUAAUCUAUCUAUCUAUCUAUCUAUCUAUCUAUCUAUCUAUAUAUAUAUAUAUAUAUAUAUGCGUGUUGUGUGCGUGUGUGUGA